GACUUCGUGCGAAGAAAUGGAUCCACUUUCUAUUAAUUUCUUAAAAUGUAUUCUUUAGGGAAUGACUCCGAAUCUAUUAAACAAGUAAAUACAUAUUCCAAUGUACUAGAUUGAUUUUUAUCAUUAGAAGUCAGUCAGUUUACUUUAUCAGUAUUUUUACCUGUCUGAGAGGUCAAGGACACUGAUAACUCGGGUUUUCACCGCAACAAAUCAACACAAUAUUUAGUAUUUUGUUAUCAAGCCGGAGAAAAAGUCAUGAGUCGCCCAGCUUUAGUCAGUAUCAAAUGGUUAGCGGACAAAAUCAAGGCACCACCGAAAGACUUCCGUAUACUCGAUGCCUCCUGGCAUUUACCGAAUACUGGUAGGAAUGCGUUGAAAGAAUAUCACGAGGGACAUAUUCCUGGAGCUCUCUUCUUUGAUAUCGAUGGUUGUGCUGACAAAACUAAAUCUACGGCUCACAUGCUUCCACCAGCUAAAGAUUUUGAGGAGUAUGUUGGAAAUUUAGGAAUCAACAACAAUACUCAUGUGAUCGUGUAUGACAACAAUGCUAAAUUUGGAGUGUUCUCGGCCCAAAGGGUCUGGUGGACUUUUAGAGUGUUCGGACACGAAACAGUUUCUAUUUUGGAAGGAGGGCUUCCGUUAUGGAUUCAAUCAGGAAACCCUGUGACGACUGCUGAAACUCCAACACCGACCAAAGAAUCGUUUAAGAGUAACUUCAAUGAGAAUUUGGUGAUAAGUAUCCAACAAGUGGAAACAAAUAUCAAGGAGAAAAAAUUCCAGCUGGUUGAUGCGAGACCCAAUGGUAGAUUUGAAGGUGUCAGUCCAGAACCGAGAGCAGAUAUCAAGCCUGGUCAUAUACUAAAUUCUGUUAAUUUACCGUUCACUAAGGUUGUUGAUGAAGCAACUAGACAUAUUUUACCAGAAGAAGAACUAAAGAAACUAUUUAAUGAUGCUGGUGUUGAUUUAAACAAACCUAUUACAGCUUCAUGUGGUUCAGGCAUAUCAGCGUGUACAAUAGCUCUGGCAGCUUAUAUAUGUGGUAAGAAAGAUGUAGCAGUUUAUGAUGGAAGUUGGAUGAGGUUCGUAAUAGCUUCAGAUUGUGAAGAUGUGUUUCGGCAUGGAACUGGUCUUCUUUUGGUAAAUUUUUAA